GAUUGGUUACUCGUAGCCGUGUCAAAGGUCGAGUAUAUUUGGCGCUCUUCGUCGCCGUUCAGCCUGGCGCGUUUUUGAAAGCGUAAAGAAAAACAGUGAAAGACUUUUAACUUCGAUAAUGUCUCUUUGUUAUCGUGUCACCCGCUCUUUGUCGCGUUACUGCGGGUUUAUCUGAACCGUGGAGGAGUUUUGUGGAGAAGUUUGAAGUCUGUAAGCGGCUGUUGUUUCAGAGUUUAAUGUAAAAACAGCAGCUGGUGAGAGACAUCUCUGUCUACCUCUUUAUUUUCACACUUUACCUCUUUAUUUUGACACUAUAACUCUUUAUUUUCACAUGUUUAAUCGUCUUUAUUCACACCUAAACUCACUUUGUCACUCUUACUAUCGGAGAAGUUUACUAUAACAGGCCUGAACCGUGUCUCUACAGCUGCAUUGAGGGUGAGUGUUUUUCUGCUUAUUUUUCUAAAUAUUUAACUUAUUAUGAAACUAUAAUCCAAUUUUAAACUUACACACUAACCAUAUAUUGAAACAUUACACUAAAACAGCAUAAGAGUCAUUCUACAAUUAGGGGUACAUUUCAGGUCGACCAAAAACUCCGAAUAUCAGUAUUUUCUUUUUUUGAUAAAUAAACUCGAUGUUUCUAUGAUAAACACCUCUAAAUCAAUUGAUUGGUAAGCAUAGAUUAUUUAAUGAAAAUGAACAGUUGAUUUAUCAUUUUGUCAACUGUGUUUCGGACAAAUGUUGUGUCAUAUAAAACAUAUAAAAUACUAGAUUUGAUAACACAUUUGUUUGAAAGUGUUUGAGUCUGUACACCUGGGGGUUUUGACCUUAUCUGUCCAACGGAUUUACAAUUCUUGAUUUCUUGCUCCAGAUAUAUCCCCCAUUUAUUUUGUAACAGUUUAUUCAACAUUUAAGAGAUUUAUGACAUAAAAAAAAACAUUUGUAACACAGUUGAUUUGAGUGACACGGUUGACAGGACAGGUGAACAGGGGGAACCUUUUUAAUCUCUGUAUUUCUGUAAAUAUGCAGCCCUUCUAUCAGGAUCAGCAUCACGCUGAGCCCUGUACUGGCACCGCUUCUCAGCAGCAGAUAACAUCUUCCUAAAACACAAAUCAUUAUGUUUGUCUCUAAAUAUAAACAUAAAAUGUGGCGGUAAACUUCGCUUUUUUGCAACCAACCAGUAGAAUCUGUAGCAAGUACCUGUCUUGUUUCCUCGUGGUUUUUGGUAAAUUCUCCAAGUAAAUAGGACUAAAAGAGGGCUCUUUAUCUAAACCUAGGAUUGAAGAGAUUUCUUUUAUCCCACAUUCCCAAAAUGGUGAAAGUGCAGGACACUCCCAAAAAAUGUGGAAAUGUCCAGCAGGUAUAUUACCACACAUCCUCCAACAGUGACCAAGGGCUAAACUCUCUCCACAUACCCGAGCUUGUCUUCAACCUGAGUUUCUCUUUCCCGUCUUGUUUUAACAAACAUUGUGGAGUGACCUCUCUCUAGCUGCAGGGAUGUAAACAGUUUAGAAAUCACUUUCCUGUGCAUCCAUGAAUGUUUUUAUCACGUUCAAUCCUCUCUCUGGAAAAUGCGAUGUUUUAUUGAAUUCCUUGGGAUUCCUUCCCGUGUGUCCAUGUGUUUUUUUUAGGACUCCAGUUAUGGCUGGUAUCGUGGCGAUGGCGUCUGUCAUCGAAGACUUCGAUACCAAGGUGAUUCAUUGUUGCAAAUCUUUCUGGAUUCUCAUUCUCGAUAAAAUGGUGUUAACUUUGUUACUUCUUUUCUCAGCCUUGCAAGAAAUCUCACAAAAAUGCUGGCAGUCCUGUUGUCAAGACAAUCACAAACUAUUUCUUACCUGUGCCCAAACCUGAAGAGAAAAGCUUUUCUCCUCCACGCUCCAACAACAUAAUGGACUACUUUAACCGGAAAGCUCCGUCCCCAAAGGAUGAAAACAGCUCACCAGAGCAGUCCAAAGAGAACUGUAAGACAUCCCUCCCUGCAGAAAGACACACAAUAAGAGAGUCAGGGUUAAAAGGUCCUCCACGGAAACAGAGCAGAAAGGCCAGCAAAGCGGCGAGGAAACUUGUGGAUCCUGAAACUGUUAGUCCCACAUCAGAGCAGAGCAGCACAGUUGAAGAGGAGCAGCUUGGCAGCGGAGACUCAGCUGCAGGAACAACAAGAUGCUGUGGGGUUCUGGGCAGUGAUACGGCGGCUCAGUUGGUCCAGAUCAGUGCUGAGGCGUGCUGGUCAGCAGGAAAAUCAAAAACAGAAGCCACUGAAGCUGCCAGUUUACAGAGGGCUGAAAAUGAUGAAAAUGAACAAGAGGAUGGUUCCAAAAGAAGCAGAAAUGUUGAUAUGAAACCAGAGAUCAAAUGUGUUGAACUCUCUCCGUCUGUGUCCGUAAGAGAAAAAGUGAAACAAUCCCGAGCUGCUGUUAGAAGUUCAAGAAAAAGGCAGCAACAUGAGGUGACGCACACAGAGCUGGAGCAGAAGAAGGGAUCUUUGUGCGAUGUUGUGGAUGAGGCUUCUCCGUUCAACAGCACAGUCACGAUCUCCUUCCAGGAUUUUGUGCGGAGUCGAGAGAAAGAGGAUGUAACAGGUGAACAGGAUAAAGAGGAUGACGGGAAUAUCACAGAGAGGGAUACUGACCCGAUGGAAAUCCUUCAAGCUGAAGAAAAUCUAGUUUCUGAGGAGCCAUCUCUUCAAGUGUCGCCUCGAACUCUCACUGUCUGGGCUGAAGUGCACGCCGUCUCACCCAAACAGGAUGCCGCUAAGGUGGGUGGAAAGGUAGCUUCAAUAUUCCAAAAGAGGAAAGGAGUCACGAGCCCUGUUCUAACACCGCCCUCUCAGACAGAGGUCGUACAAAACCUCCCUAACACUUCUCCGACUGUCAAACGUAAAUCCAACGUGGUCCUUCAGGAGGAAGAUCUCGAGCUUGCUGUGCUCGAGAGUGAACUUGCGCCGAAGUGCAGCGAUGCCGAGAAGAAGCAGUUCAUGGCUGCUUUCAAACAGCCGAGUCUGGACGGGUCCAAAGCUAAACCUGGAAAGAGUCAGAUCAAGCCGAAGCAGAGUGAGGAGAAGGUUUCUGAGCAGGCUGAAAAAGCCUCUGAUGAAGAGAGCUCAGAAGACAGACCGGCCGUCAUCCAGGAGGAGCCCGCUGCUUCUCAAGUAAGCAAAGCCGCUAAAAAGAAACCGACACGGAAAGAGACGGUUAAAGGCAGGAUGAAGAAGACAGCAAGCGCUCCUGACGUUGAUGCUCCUGAUCCUGACGCUGAACCUGCUACAGAAACGGUCACCACGUCGGUAACCUCAGCUCCUUCCACACCAACUGUAAGGAGGUCGAAAAGGGAGGCUGCUAUCAGACAGACACCCGAAGUCACGCUGACGACUCCCCUCAGACAAUCGAGGAAACACAGGGACCAGAAGGACACGGCUGAUGUUUUAGCUGCUGACAGCCCUGCGGACGUGUCCACCCCGAAGAGACGCAGGUCCAGACAUGGAGUUUUUGUAGCAGAGCUGCUGUGCCCCCCUGACGUCAAACAGAGUCCAAUCAGGUGAGACUCGGUUCAUUAAAAAAGGCUUUAAAACAGUUUUUAUUGACAACCACCAGACAGUUUUCAUUAAACUUGUAUUUUGUGUUCUUGUCUGAAACUCUGUGAUUUUUGUUUUUUAGGAUUAAAUUCACCAGAGUCCCUAAAAAUGUUUCCUCGUCCGCGGCUGACGGUAGCAGUGGCUCAAACACACCUGGAGCUCUUAAAGUGAGUCUAAUAAACAGUUUUUCGACUCUGAAUAACCUCAAACGGAACAAUCAUUCAUACGUUUAAUAGAUUUUGAACAGACUGAGGAGGCUGCAGCUCUCUCUCUCUGUCUGUUACAGGUGACAGUCGACUCCCAAAAAAGGAAGCAGGUGAGGAAGCUGGUGGAAAAAGCCAAAGUGAUUCAGCAGAGUAAGAAAACUGAACCCACACCGAGGCGCUCAUCCCGAGCCAACGCCAAAAAGAGCUACUGCGAGGACGAGGUACGGUUUGAGUCCAGCUGCAUAUAAAUCACAGAAAAUAAUAAAUCCAAAGAUUUCACACAACGGCCACAGCGCAGGAUUCAUCGUACGAUAGAACACAUGUGAGAUUUAUGGAAGGGUUCGUAUCUGACCAAUCCAAGCGUAGGUAUGAUCCAAGAAUGUACGUAGUUACAAAGAGAAAAAGGGGCUGACCCACGAUUAUACGAGUGAGUGAACACCUACCUAAUGUCCUCGUAAAGAAGGGGAUCUUCUCUGGUACCUCAGUCGGAGUUCUGCAGGAUUCUGGCUCAUUGACUUUGUUCACCUCCAUGUUGGAUGAAGUUCCUUGGACGGGACUUGGACAGACUCAACAUUCAGAAUAAUUUAGAGGUUUAGGCCUGAGACUACAGCAGCCUGAGGCUAGGCCAGGCCCCCAGGGGACGACUUUAGUUAACUGUCAAGAAAUUGAGACGCGUAAACCGUCAACGUUACAAUCUGAAUAACAGCACAAAUUCACUGAUAUGAACGAUUUUUUCUCCUUUUCUCUCUUUUCUUCAUCAGGAUUCGGUGAUUAUUGUGGAGGAAGAUCAGACUGCUGCUCCUCAGAUGACGUCAAAUAAGAGUUCAAAGUCUUUACGGAGUCUGAAUGAUGUUUUAGGAAAAGCUUCACCUGCAGAUAAAGAGACCAGAGCCACAGGUGGUCUGUCCUGCUCUGAUCAGAAUCUGAAGAAAACUCUUUUUUUAGAAAUGAGCUCUUCUCAUGUUGUGUUGUUUUAUCUCACAGGCUCCAAAAUGUCUCCGGCCCCGGAGAAACCCGCUCGUAAAGCGUCAGCAGUGAUUUCUAUUUUUGACGACAGUAGCCAGGACGGCUCGGACAGCACGCAGGACGGCGAGCACUUCAGGGCCCGCCGAGAGUUUUUAAAGAGCGGCCUGCCCGAGUCUUUACGGAAACAGAUCGCCAAAUCAGCAGCAAGCAAAGAGGCGUACUCGCUCUCCUGUUCCUCCUUUCAGCCGGUGAUUCACAUAAAGCAGCAAACGAACGGUGAGAUCUUGUUGCUCAGACGCGUUUUUACCCUCAUUUGAUUUUUCACUCUGUAGUGUUUUAUGUAUUUAACUCUGCUAGUCAUGAGAGUUAAAAUAACUUCAUGUUUCACAUUAAAAAAAGGCGAGUUUUUAUGAUUUUUUUCUCUGUUAACUUUAUUUUCUUCAUGGGUUAUAUCUACAAAAUCUUCCCUUCGCCGUCGACAUUCACAGAAACAAGAAAAAAGGGAUUUGUAAUCAGUGGUUUCAGCUCAGAACAAACUUCAGAGUUUCCCCGACAUCUGACUGAACAUGGCGCACCGCCACGGCAAAACAAAAGCCGCCGCACCUUAAACGUUUACGCGGCGUUGCAUCAGACUCAGUAUGUAUCAAUUAGGGCCCGACAGAUUUAUCGGCGAGCCAAUAAAUCGGCCAAUUUUAGCCUGUUUGAGACUAAUCGAUAAUUGGCCAAAAUGUGCUGAUUUUCGCCAAUAUUUUCAGAAAUAAAAUGCAGAGAAUAAGAUUCGGUUUCACUACGGAAAUGUUUCCGCCAUUUGAAAAGUUCCCUGACUUAUCCUGUAGAUGGCGCAGCGACUUCAUGCCAAUCCUCAUCCACGCACGGAGGAGAGUGGUCCGCCUCGACGGUAAAUAAAUCAGUUUGUGAAAUACACAAUAAGUCAACAAGUUUCUGUUUCACGUAGGUAGGGUCUUUGAAAACGCUUUUCUGGUCCGAGUUUGAUCAGUCGGUCUUCCUGUCUGCGUGAAGAGCAGUAGCCUACAGUAUAUCUACAGUAUAUAUUUAUAAUUUUAUAACUUCAUCAAAAAUCGGCCAAUAAAUCGGUAAUUAGAUUUUUUCCCCCUAACAAUCAGUAUCGGCAUCGAACCCAAAAAAUCCAUAUCGGUCGGGCCCUAGUAUCAAUAUAUGCAAUAUACCCCCCGAGUUGUUCCCCCACACUCCCAAAAUCACACACCGCCACACGUAGAUUCCUGUCCUGUGGGAAACUUUCCUCGGCACUAAAGGAUUUUAUUCGUUCGCCCCAGAUGAACACGAACCAACUCAGUGACUCAGGAGGGACCAGGUGGAUCAGGGGGACCAGGUUCAUGAGAAGGACUUGGUUGAUUAGGAUGGACCAGAUAAAACUGAUGAAACCUGUCUCUGUUGUGUGUCGACAGACUGUCCCCUCUGGACUCUUUCUUGGCCGGGAUCUUUGGGUCACCUGAAGGAUCUUUGGUGCCAGACUGGCAGCACACCUGCACCUGUUUGUGGUCCCGUCUGCGUGAAAACAGAACCAUCCUGCAGAGUCUCCAGUGGCCGAGUAUGUUUAAGAAAUGACCUUCUGAUCUGAUCAUUGGGCAUUAAAUAAUCAGAUCAGACUCAUAACCCAGUUUUCUAAAUAUUUUUAAGGGUUCUGGUUGGAGGCCUGAGAUCUCUAAAAGUGUUCGUCAGCUUCUCCUGGAGGAGGUCAGAUCCUCGAACCCGUCCUUUCCUGUUCAGAUGUUCAUCGAUCGCUUCCUGAAGAGGCGCUCUGACCUUCAGCAGCAGCAGCAGAGCUCAGCCGUAGGUCAGUGAGAUAAAAACCUUUAAAACAGCGGAGGGAGAAAUCUGGUCAGAGUUUAGGUGGAGGUCAUUUAAUAAGCUCUGAAUGUGAAGGAAUAACAGUCCACAUGUUUUUUUUUUCACACACUGAUCCGAACAGAACCAGAGGCUGAAACCAGAGCGUCAUGCACAGCGCUUCUAGCUGAACAGGUGGGAGGAAAGAGGAAGAGGAGGGACGAUGAAGGAGAAACGACGGCGAAGGUGGCUAAGAAGCAACGGGCCAACUCGUCAGAGGAGAAGAUUCCCGCACUUCAGCCGCCAACUGAAAGAGGAGGCCGUCCGAGGCGAGGGCGGAGAUCCAGGCAGGGGGAGGAGCCUCCUGAGGUGAACAGUCCUUCAGAUGACGUUGUUUGCAUCACACCCAAGGACGACUCGCAGGCUGUGCUCCAUGAUGCGCCUUUAGUGGAAGACGUCAAGAAAAAAGGUUAGACCUGAUUGAUUUUAUUGUCCGAAACUGUCACAACAGCUGCAGAUGCACCAAUUUUUCUGCUGAGUUUACAGUCAGUAUCAGAUGAAGACAACGUGAGACAAACAGGGACUUUGCUGUGAGGUCUGAUAACAAAUCUCUUAAUGCAUCUUCUCAGUUCAUUUAGGUUUUAUUCAUCAACGAGCUGCUAAUUUUACAUCUGUAAUCCCUGAGAAAGUGACGUGAGACAGCCAAUAAAUCAACGCCUGGUUUCCUCCUGUGAAAAUAUCUCAAGCCUCAUUUUUGCGUUUUGGUUUCUUCACAGAUGUGGGGAAGGAGGAUGUGCUGUGGACGGACAAAUAUCAGCCCCAGCUCUCCAGCGACAUCGUGGGAAACUCUGCCCAAGUGAGGAGGCUGCACAGGUGAGGAAUCGAUCCUGCUGCCGUGUCACUGCACAUGGCCGAGAAAGUGGAAGCUGCUUUUAUUCCCUUUAUUAUUUAUUUAUCUGAAGUGGUGUCUGUAAUUAAGCAAAGGUAUAUCGUAUCGUCUUUUUGUGCAGUUGGCUGAAGGAAUGGAAACUCCGCGCAGACCGAGAAGAGAGAAAAAAGCAGAAGGAGAAAGAAACCGAGGAAGGCGACACUGGUCGGAUAUCAAUCUUUUUUCUGUUUCACAACUUCUUUUUCUGCUUUUCCAAAUGUCUGUUUUGACCUCUUGUUGGCUCUCUGUGUCCAGACUCGGACUGGGACUGCAGGGACGACGACUCUCAGGACGGAGAGGACAUGUUGUGUAAUACAAUGCUCAUCACUGGACCCUCAGGCGUCGGAAAGACGGCUGCAGUCUAUGCCUGUGCUCAGGAGCUGGGCUUUAAGGUACAAAAACCACAAGGGGGCGUAAUUGUGAUGUAAAAUUAAAAAGUGGCCACGACGACUUUAAUGUUGAUGGACGUGGUUGCCAUUUCAUGAAUCAAACGGCGGUCUGUGUGUUGAGUAAGAAGUUUAUGUUCGGGAACUUUAAAGUUUUUUAUGUAAGAUUAGAUCCAUUUGAUUUCAGCAAAAUUAUCAACAUCGUCAUCAGUCUGAUUGUUUGUCAUUAGUGAACGAGAAAACUUGAAAGGGUCACUGAAAUAAUGAGUUUUUGUGCCACUCGUCAGAGAGCCAAACUUCGAUCUGUAAAAGUGGAUGAAUCUUCUGUCCGAUCCUCUCUCAGGUGUUUGAGGUAAACGCUUCGUCUCAGAGGAGCGGCCGUCUGAUUCUGUCGCAGCUGAAAGAAGCCACGCAGUCACACCAGGUGGACAGUCAGGGGGUUAACGCCCACAAACCGUCCUACUUCAACAGCUACGCCACCAGCAGCGGUGCAGGAGCCAUGAGGCCGGGAUCCUCGCCCAGUGAGUUCAGAGCUGACACCUACUGAACAGUUGGAUAAACUCAGCAUGGAAGAUGAUUUUUAUUAACUUUACUGUAGGACUCGGAUUUGUACUCGCCGCUCGGUGAAAUAAAUCAACACUUUGGUCCAGAGUUUGAUUGUUUUAUUGUUCCUCUUCUUGUAGGGAAGGUUAACUCCCCUCGCCGGGUGUUCUCCUCCCCCAGGAAACACCCCCAGUCGCCUCGAGGUGCUAAAAGAGGCGGCCUUGCACCUACAUCUUUAGCUAACUUUUUCAAAGUGGGACAUCCCACCGUUAAAGACACAUCUAACACUAAGAAGAGCGAGCAGACGGGUAACUUUAAACUCAAAGUUUUGCAUUUUACCAAAGUUGUCCCCAUGAAACUGUUAAAUAAAGUUAAUUUCUCCUCUUUCAUGCUCUUCAUACAGCUGUCCCAAAGAAAACAAGAAAAGGGAAUGACUGUCUCAGUAAGUCUAAAGAUCCUGAAACUAAACCUCCAGCAAAAACCACGAAAGACAAAGUCAGUGAGGAGCACAGCAAGAAGACGGCCACCUCGCUGAUCCUGUUUGAGGAGGUGGAUGUGAUCUUCGAUGAGGAUUUGGGUUUCCUCUCCGCUAUCAAAACAUUUAUGACCACGACCAAACGGCCGGUCAUCCUCACCACCAGCGGUGAGUAGAAGAAGAGAGGAACUGUCAUAUUUACAGCCUCUUUUGAGCGGGUUUAUCCUGACUUUGUGUGUCUGUUUCAGAUCCAACUUUCAGCAGCAUUUUUGAUGGACACUUUGAAGAGAUCAUUUUCCAAACACCCUCAGAGGUGAGUCGAUAUAUUUCUAUAAAUUCCCACCUCUCAGAGCCCGAACGGGUCGGUAACGACCUCUUCAUGAAACAGGUGGAUGUGAGCAGCUUCCUGAGGCUGCUGUGUCUCUCAGAGGACGCCGAGACGAACCAAUCAGACAUCAGCUCUCUGCUCCGAGUGAACGGCUGUAACAUCAGACAGAGUUUAAUGCAGCUUCAGUUCUGGACUUGCAGCGGAGGAGGACGCAGCGCGAGCGUGCUCACAAACGACGGGGGAGACGGUAAGAGAGGAGGACAUAUUUAAUAAAGUUUUAACAUUCACAGUGUCAAUAGGAGCGUUUAGAUUAUUAAGAGGAACCAGAGACUUUUUGAGGAACUCUAAAUAUAAAUGAUCUGAGUAUUUUUUUUAAAUGGCACAGGAACUUGAAGGAGAGCCGAUCUCAUUUACAUAAAAACAGGUCGUUUAUCUACAAGAACUGCCAGUUAUCUGCUCUCUCUUUCACACACACAGAGGACGCACUGCAGAUCUGAAUUAUAUUUAACAUAACAGUAAAGCUGUGAAUAUUGAUAAAUAUAUAUCAUCACAGCGCAUUAAAUUAGGGCCCAAACGAUUUAUCAAUGAGACGAUUAAAUCGGCCAAUUUUAGCCCGUUUGAGACUAAUCGGUAAUCGGCCAAAACUCGCAGAUUUUUGCCAAUAUUUUCAGAAAUAAAAUGCGGACAAUAAGAUUCAGUUUCACUUCGAAAAUGUUCCGCCAUUUGAAAAGUUCCCUGACUUAUCCUGUAGAUGGCGCAACAGCGACCUCAUGCCAAUCUUCAUCCACUAACUACCUCACAGCACAGCAGAGUGACGGAUCUGAAGCAGGCAGCUCAGGGACGAACUGAGGAGAGUGGUCCUACAAUAUACAGUAUACUGUAGAUGUCUACAGUGAAUAUUUAUAUUUAUAACUUUAUAAAAAAGUUAAAAAAUCAGCCGAGUAAUCGGAUCCACCCCCCAUCCCCCUAAUAAUCGGCAUCGGCCCCAAAAAAAUCCAUAUCAGCCGGGCCCUACAUUAAAUGCACUCAAGCUCUGUGCCGUCCACACAGUCUGUCAAUCAAACUAAAUGAAAAGUUGUUUUUUGAUUUUCUUUUUUGGGUGAAGGUCAGCUGUUUUUUCAGACCUUCAGUUUUCUAAAACAGAGUCUGCUCUGAAAACGGUUUAAGCUUUUUUUCUGUGCACUGACUGAUUCGUUCCCUUUUGUCCUCAAAGCUGAACUAAAACCAGACACCGAAUCAGAGGGGACUCUUCCUCGCUGCAACAGUGGCUGCACUGAGAGCAUGCUGGGUCUGCUGAACAUCGAACCCCAGAGAGACAUUUCUGAGCUGCUGAGGGUGAGCGGAUCAUCUGCAGUAUUCAUGGUUUACAGGUAGAACAGGAAUUAAUGAGCAGACUUGAUGUUUUUCUUUGGCAGAGCCGCAGUCUUUCGAACGAGGAAUUCGACUUCGAGCUGCUGACGAGCAGCAAACAACGAGGAGUGGAUCUGCUUUAUUCCAACAUGGAGAUGCUCUUACCUUUACCCCGCACACAGCUCAGUACCUCUACCCACAAACAGCCUGCUCCAGAAUCACACAAAAUGUGGGUGAACAAAAGACAACACUCAGACUCGGAGGACACUUUUUUAUCCCUCAUCGGGAAACAGACAGCAACUCCGGUUAAGGAGGAAGCUGCACAGGGUGAUAUAUCAGAGAGAGUAAGGACACCGCUGACCCCUGAGGAGCAGGUGAAACGUCUCUCUGUGUCUCAAAGUUUGGAGUCUUUAGCUGUCUUCUUAGAUGACAUGUCCUACAUGGACUCGUCCAUGUCAGGGAGCCCAGACAGCAGUCACAGGAAGUCACAGGUCGGCGUAGUGAUCAAAGAUGGGAUGACAGAUGAGCCUAGAGUUGAGGCGGACGGAGGGAGGUGGGUGGGAGCACAGCGAGUCUUUGAGAUGGCGGCUGCUGUUGAGGCGUUGAGCUUUAACAGAUGUCGGCGCUCGUUGGUGGAGGCGUGGGACAAAUCACAGAAAGUUGAGGGUGAGCAGGCGGCAGCAGAGCUCAGCCUCCCCGUGGCGGCUCAUCGUGAAGGAUUCAGCUUCUCUCAGGAAGGCCUGAGCCACCCACGGUGAGUGUUGAUCAGAUGUUUGUCACGUCAUUUUAUCCACAAGAAUAUUUACUUAUAAAAAGGUUUCCUUCAUCUUCAUCGCCACCUACCAGCAGGCUUAAAAUAAUACGAUCAAAUAAUCACAGUCCUACAACUUCUACUCAUAAUGAAUGAUGAAAUCCUGAAUGCAAACAGCACCUCUCAGAGAACCGUCACACAAACUGCUGUUGGGUUAUAACUAAGUGAACAAAGUAUAACCCCCUCUUCACAAACAUGUACGAAUAUAAAAACCUUCCCAAACUCUUAUUUCAGAGAUGUAUGUACUCAAUAAAUACAGUCAUGUAGGUAUAAAAGCAGUAUUGAUAAUAUAUCAUGCAUUUUCCCGUUCCAGGCUGGUCCAGGAGAGGAGAGAGGUGAUGAAGUUUCUGUCGCUCAAAGGAAUUUUUGGUUUUCUUGGAAAUAAACCAGCAGCUGCGCUCGACUACCUGCCGGCUGUCCGAAUGAUCUGCAGAUCAGAGCAGCUGAAAGAGCAGGGCAAAGUCAAACGCAGGUCAGUACUCAGAGCAGACGGUCGGUCUGCUUUAGCAGCGAGUGUGGUGAUUAAAAAUGACUGGUGUUGAAUGGUGUUCCUGCUAAACGAGACUAGUUUAGGAAUAAACUGAGAAAGAGUACGAUUGAAAAUGUGAGAAAUACCCAAAUAAAAUCGGCUUAUGCCCUGCAUCGAUUAUUUGGCCGAUUUUAAAAAAAAUUUAUGAAGUUAUAAGAAAGAAAAAAAAAUAUAUAUAUAUAUAUAUUUAUAUAUAUAUAUAUACUGUAGAUAUCUAAAGUAUAGUAUAUACUGUAGGCUACUGCUCUUCACGCCGACAGGAAGACGAACUGAUCAAAGUUUGACCAGAAAACCGUUUUUAACUUAAAUAAACCACUGAAAUUUGUGAAGGUGAAUGUUGAGGAUGAAUAUAAUGAAAAACUACGUUGCCGUCUUUCCCCCUCUCAGGUUCCUCCACUAUCUGGAUUCAAUCGGCCUGGGUCUGGAGAGGAGCACACUGCAGCACCUUGCAGAAGAUUUCCCAUGAAGACGAGAUGAUUUGUCUGAACUGAAACUUGAUUAUUGGUCACGAUUACUUUGUUUUUGUGUGUGAUGUAGCUUUCCUGGAGUUUAGUGAAGCUGAAACACAAAAUGUAAAAUGAUUAAAAUGAUGAACUUCCUCAGAAGUUAUCGGACUUGUCUCAGUUCUGUGGUGCUUUUAAAGACGUCUCUAAAUUAGUACUGUGUAAGAGUCUGAGUAUUGUAUAGUGUUUACAUAUUAUUGAUCUUUCAGCGUACUUAGAAUUUUGUAAAGUGUUUUUUCCAGUAGAAAUGUCUUUUAAGGAGCAAAUGUUUCUUAUUCAUGAUCAGCAUGUAAAAUAUGUUUUACUUUUGUUCUAAUCUUUGUGUAAAUUAUCGUCCUCCACUCAGAGUUCAGUCAUUGCACUCAAGUUUUUGAAGCUGUAAAACUUUUUGACUGAGAAUCAUGAGUGUGUUAUAGACCGAAACGUCAAUUUUAGACUUAAAUGAUUUUAGUCUAAAAUGUUUUAGUGAUUUAUGUUUUUUUUUUUUCAGCCGUGUAAAAUGUACAUAUUUAAGGUAUGGUUGUGACCAAAUAAAGGUUUAUAACAACCAAAUCAAUAAAUUAUCCCAGGUGAGUGU